AUGGUCUUCCAGAGCCGGACUUCCGAUCCGGUAUUCCAAUGGCUGAAUGAAAGAUAUGGCUCCUCUAAGGCCGAGUAUCGCCUGCCGCCUUUAUUCCUGUCAUGCUGGAUGAUCCCGGUGUCGUUCUUCUGGUACGGCUGGACGGCGAAUAGAGACGUGCUUUGGAUAUCGCCUAUUAUUGCCACCUCCCUUAUGGGAUUCGGCACGGUCAACGCUUUUACAACCGUCUUCACCUACCUGGUGGAUGCGUAUACAGAGUACGCAGCCUCAGCCAUCGCUGCAACGACCGUUCUUCGAUCUGUAAUUGGAGCCGUUCUUCCCAUGGCGGGUGGUCCCAUGUACAAACCCCUAGGGUUGGGCUGGGGAACUUCGGUCUUGGCGUUUAUCACUCUGGCCAUGUGCCCAUUGCCGUUUCUCUUUUACAGGUUCGGCGAGCGGAUUCGGAAAAAUACCUUUGUUCCACUGUGA